UUUGUGAAAAUCGGAGCAGAUAAAAAUAAAAAAUAAAAAUGAAUGCGGUUGCAGACGCUGCGGUGUACAACGGCGCCUACGGAAGCGAUUCCGACGCGAGUUCCGACGACUCACCGGAAUAUUACCAGCCGAUAUCCAAUGUCGAAAUCGGAGAUGAUGACGAAGAAGGAGAAGGAGAAGCAGAAGAUCUCUCCAAUGGAGAUCUAAACCCUAAUUUCCACCACCAGCUGCUACCCAACGGAUGGAUGGAGAACGGAUUGUCGCCGCUCGAUCUGCGCAGCGACGACAACGAAGCGGAAGAAGAAGCCGCGGCGGAGGCGAUCGAAUCGGAGAUGGCGAUCGAGCGGGCGUUCAGAGAGGACGAGAUGCGGCGCGCCGCUCCGCUGCCGGCGGAGGCCGCCGUGAGAGUGAUGGAGGCGAUGCGCGGUGUCUCGUUCUCCGGCGGAGCGCCGGAUUGGGCGAGGCAGGUGCCGGAGGGCGAGUGGCGCGAUCGGCUCCGGCGGCUGAGGACGGAGCCUUCCGCCGCCGUGGAUAACUGAUAGAUUUGAAUAUCAUAGAAAAUGCCUCACUCAGAUCAUAGGAAUAAUCUUUUCAUUUCAUAUGAAUAAGGUUGAAUAAGGUUGUGUUCCGGUUAGAGUUGUUAAACGAAUCGAGCUUGUGAUCUAGUCAAAUUCAAUUUGAGCCGAGCCAAGCUCAAGUUACUAUUUUGGUUUGAAUUCUUAACCAUCUGAGCUGAAUUUGUAUUGUUACCAAGUUUGAAUUGAACUUGAACAACUAA